AUGCAUGUGCUAAAAGUUCUUAAUCUCUCCUACAGUAGGAUUCGUGUUUUGCCUGUGUCUCUUUCGAAUUUAGAGAAUCUACAUGCCUUGUUGUUGAGCCACUGUUGGAAUCUUGUUCAAACUCCAUCCUUAGAAAGGCUCACUAAAUUGAAGUACUUAGAUUUUUCAUUUUCUAGAGGUUUAACAGAACUUCCACGAGGGAUGGAACAAUUGACUGAUUUGGGACACCUGGAUUUCUCCUUCACUUCUGUCCAAAACUUACCGGCUGGACUCAUAUCCAAAUUUCUGAAGAAUUAUAAAUUCAAGGAGUUGAAGCUUGUUGUCGGGUUUUCAGGCUGCGUUCUAGAAUUAUCUGAGAAAACUAGUUUGGCAAUAGAUAGGGGAUACAAACUAGGAAACGUUUCAGAUGCCGAGAUUACUGCAUUGAUUCCACGAAAUGUAGAGGAGUUAAUAAUUUCUCAUUUUUAUGGUGUGAAAUGUUUGUCUUUGUACUUAUUGGAUGCAAUGUACUUGAAAAGGUGCCAAUUAAAAUGCUGUCCUGAGAUGGAAGCCAUUGUUGAAUCAGAGGAGAAUAAUUUUCCCCGGCUAGAGACAAUGAAUCAACAUGAUUUUCCAAGGUUGAGGAGCAUCAGUGGGAAAGUGGUGAGACCAGGUACUCUAAUGAACCUCAAGAGAAUUGAGGUGUCAUCCUGUGGUUCGUUGAAAUGUUUGUUCCCAAGGCAGCUCAUGGACGAGCCUAAAAGUCUCAAAGAAAUUACCAUAAUUGAUUGCUUCUUUAUGGAAGAAAUUAUUGAAGGGGAGAGGAAUACAAACGUUGAAGACAACAGCCAUGCAGUCAAAGUGAUCCUUCCAAAAUUGCAAAGGUUGGAAUUAUAUGAUUUGCGCAGUCUGGAAAGCAUAAACAAUGGGGACAUUCAACACAAUUAUCUACUUAAGUUGAAAAAUGAGCGGGCCGACCCAUAUAAGCUCGGCCCUUAUGGGCCCAGCUCUUAA